AGCGCGCAGGCAGCACGUCGUCGUCGCCAUCGUCAUCGGGAAUCGUGUUUGCAGUUCGAUAAAGAUAAAACCCCAAACCGAUAGCACUCGUCGCGUAAAAUUCAUAAAAAUUGAACUUUUAAAGUAUAUAUUUUGAAGAACUGUGUUGGAAAGUGAAGUGAAAUAGAAGAUAUACCGGAUAUAUCAGAGUUGGGCGAAAGUGCGGUUCCGGCUGGACAAUAUGAUGGACGUAAGCAGCAUGUACGGCAACCACCCGCACCACCACCACCCACAUGCCAAUGCCUACGAUGGCUAUAGCAGCACCACCGCGGCGGCUGCCAAUGCCAGCAACUACUUUGCCCCGCAGCAACAUCAGCACCAUCUGCAGCAGCAGCAGCAGCAACAUCAGCAGUUGCAGCAGCAACACCAGCAACAUCUCACCUACAACGGCUAUGAGAGUAGCUCUCCGGGCAACUACUACCCGCAGCAGCAGGCGCAGCUAACACCACCGCCCACCGGCAACCACCAGGUGGUGCAACAGCAGCAACAGCAACAGCAACCGCAGCAGCAGCAACAGCUCUAUCCGCAUUCGCAUCUCUUUAGCCCAAGUGCGGCGGAGUAUGGCAUCACCACAAGCGCGGCCGCGGGAAAUCCGGGCACCCCACUCCAUCCCACUAGCCACUCUCCGGCGGAUUCUUACUACGAAAGCGAUUCGGUGCACUCCUACUAUGCCACCGCCGCCGUGGCCACCGUUGCCCCACCCAGCAACAGUUCCCCUGUGACCGCCGCCAAUGCAAAUGUCACCAGCAACACGCAGCAGCAGCAGCAACAGGCAGCCAUCAUCAGCUCCGAGAACGGAAUGAUGUACACCAACCUGGACUGCAUGUAUCCCACGGCCCAGGCCCAGGCUCCGGUUCACGGAUACGCCGGCCAGAUCGAGGAGAAGUACGCAGCCGUGCUACAUGCCAGUUAUGCCCCUGGACUGGUGCUUGAGGAUCAAGAUCCCAUGAUGCAGCAGGCCACGCAGUCGCAGAUGUGGCACCAUCAGCAACACUUGGCCGGAGGCUAUGCCCUGGAUGCCAUGGACUCGCUGGGUAUGCAUGCGCACAUGCAUCACGGCCUGGCCCACGGACACUUGGCCAACUUGGCCAGCAACUCGCACCAACAACACCCACAACUUCAGCAGCAACAGCAGCAGCAGGCACACCAGCAACAGCAACACCCGCCGAACCAAUCGCCAGCGGCACAGCAGCAACAACACCAGAACUCCGUGUCUCCCAACGGCGGCAUGAGUCGCCAGCAACGCGGCGGAGUGAUCUCCCCCGGCAGCUCCACUUCCUCGUCCACCGCCUCCGCCUCGAAUGGCACACAUCCUGCCAGCUCACAAUCAAAAUCGCCAAAUCAUUCCAGCAGCAUUCCCACCUACAAGUGGAUGCAGCUCAAAAGGAAUGUUCCCAAGCCUCAGGCUCCGAAACUACCUGCCAGCGGGACUGCCAGCAUACACGACUACCAGAUGAAUGGACAGCUGGACAUGUGCCGUGGCGGAGGAGGCGGAGGCAGCGGCGUCGUGAGCGGUCCUUUGGGCGUUGGGGGCAACGGAUCCUCGGGGAUCGGAGGCGUCUUGGCCGUGCAGAACUCCCUGAUGAUGGCCAACAAUGCGGCGGCAGGCGGUGCCCAUCCCAAUGGCAUGGGUGUAGGUGUGGGCCUGGGCAACGGAUCCGGAACUGUACUGAGCAGCUGCAGCCUCUCCAGCAACACCAACAACUCCGGCCGGACAAACUUCACAAACAAGCAGCUAACCGAACUGGAGAAGGAGUUCCACUUCAAUCGCUACUUGACGCGGGCACGACGCAUCGAAAUCGCGAAUACGCUGCAGCUAAACGAAACUCAGGUCAAGAUUUGGUUCCAGAACCGCCGGAUGAAGCAGAAGAAGAGGGUGAAGGAAGGACUCAUUCCAGCGGACAUCCUAACGCAGCAGCACUCGACGCCCGUGAUCAGCGAGAAACCACCACAGCAGCAGCAACAACAACCGUCGGAGUUGCAGAUGAAGCCGCAGGGCAGCGAUCUGGGCGGGAAUGAAAUGGCCACAAGAGGAUCUUCGUCACCUUCGACAACCUUAACACUAACGGCACCGACAACCAAACAAAGUUGAACGGCUUUCUGCGUUGUUAGUUGCCAUUGUUAUACCAUUGUUGUUGUUGCCGCCAAAAUAUUGACGCAUUUCGUUGUGAUAAAUUAAUAGAGAAUGCACAAAAGAUCAGAACUAAACUAUAAGAAAAAUACAAUAAUUAAAUAAUCAUUAUGCCAUACACGUAGCAAAUUGAGAAUGUAAAACCAUGCAAGCAAAAUCUGUAAUCAAACGCUAGGAACUUGUGGAAUCGAGGUGCCAUAUUCAUCUAGGGGCUGUAAAUAUUUAAACUAACAUUUCGCAUUGCCGCAGCUGAAGUUGGUUAGCAUAAACUAGCAUUAACUAAACUCAGGGUUAUUUAAAAAAAAUAUUUACUUAAACUUACUUAAAGGCACGCAGAGCAAUUGACAAAAUACGAAUACAAACGGAAUCAAAACGAAAAUCCAAAACUAAAAUACUUAAAACUUUACAAGAACGAUACCAAGUAGAACCCCUAGAGUACACCCAUCACCACUCGUCUGUAGUAUUAUUAGCUAAGUUUUAGGAUGCCGAGUUAUUCGUUUUGUGCUAGAAAGUAAUCAGUAAAACAAUCUUGAUGUAUGUACGUCUGUAUAUUUAAUCUAGUCCUAAUUGUAAUAUAAUUAUAACUGUACAACACAUUUAUGAAUAAACAAUAAACGAACCCCGAUUGCAAAUUGUU